AUGUCGAACAACGACCCGUCCGUUCGAAGGCUGUUGCCGCAGAGCUCGCAUCUGAACUCUUUCUCGUUUGCGCCGCAGACGUAUCAACCCGCUAGGGAAACCCAAAAGAACUACGUCUUCGUCGACGAACACAACCGACACAAGCGGCUGAAGGUAAUGAGAGCCUGCGAGGGUUGCCGGAGAAGAAAGAUCAAAUGCGACGCUGCGACGACAAACACCUGGCCAUGUUCGGCCUGUAUCCGGCUGAAGCUUCACUGCGUCCGUCCCAAUGGGCAGUACGAAGGGUCGCCGACGGACACACAGCCCUACGAGCCGACGAGAGCGGAAUACGAGGCUGGGCAGGAGAGUUUCAGACAAAUGCAGAUGCAGCAGACACAACAGAAUAUGAUGGCUGGUCAAGCGAAGCCCGGCAUGUACCCAUCACCGGGUGGCUAUUCAGACCACCAAGGCGUCUAUCCCCCGGUCCAGUACGGGGAUUCGCCGACGGCGCAUCAUCACAUGCAGUAUUCAGUGCCCCAAGUAGGGGUGAUGGACCAGUCCUACGCUCCGGCGAGCGUCUUCCCGACUCCUCCAAUGCACCAGUCUUCGGCCCCGCAUUCCGAAUCAUCCCCCGAAUCUUAUCACCAAGACCAGUACGGCCAACAUGAUCUGGCCGACCUCUUGGGGUCUCUGAAAGUGAACGAGAGAGGCACCGCACCGUAUCUCAACAACAAGUUGGCCCUGGCUGCAGGGCAAGAAGAGGAACCGGCAGUGGAGGAUGCGGAUGAUUUCAAGAACGUCCUGCCGCCCAUGCUCUCAGGUCCAGGACUGAAAAUACGAAUACCGCCGGAACUCAUGCCUGACGAUGAGACCAUCCUGCACUAUUUCGACCUGUACUUUGCAAACGUCCAUCCAUAUGUCCCGGUACUCAACAAGGCUCAAUUGUUUCAGCAGUGGCAGACCAACCGCGAGUCGAUAUCGCCGCUAUUGCUUGAGGCGAUAUUUGCAGUGGCCGGACGCCUUGCCGAUGAACCAGCUCAAGGACAGCAAUGGAUCGCGCUCGCCUCAAAACACGCCGAUUCCUUCAUGGACGUGCCACGACUAAGUACUCUUCAGGCACUCCUGAUCAUUCUCAAGGCAAGGGAGGCUGUGCCGAAACGAGGUUAUUACUACCGUUCCUGGAUGUCGAUUGUAUAUUGUGUGGCCAUGGCCAAGGACCUCGGGCUCGAUGACCAUUACGAAGACCACAAGGCUGGGAAACCAUGCGGGUCAACACCGCUUGAGUGUUUGACGAAAAGUCGGAUAUGGCAGACCAUCUUUGUCUGCGAGACCAUGAUUGCCGCGCCUCAAGGUCGAGACGAUCUCUCUGUGGAUUUGGAAAGUCUCGAUUUCAGCAUUCCCAGACCCUUGCCGGGUGUUGACGACUCGGAGUAUCACACCACCCGCAAUUUCACCUAUUUCGCCCGCAUCGUUCGCACCGUCCAUCAGAUGAACUUGAUAUACGCCAAGAUCAAGAGGAAGAAGGACUGGGGCCUCGAUCCCGAGUUUGUCCAGCUCAAUCCAGCGUUGUCUUCCUGGAUGAACGACGCCCCGGCCGACAUGAGUGUCACGUACCCUCCGGGCGGAACACCUCCGUGGUUGCCUUCGCACUUCAUUGGAAACCUGCAUUCAUAUUACCAUCUGGCUGUGAUCUUGCUUCAUCGGCCGCAGUUGACGUUCCUGGAGCCCAUGGGUGUAGAUGGCCAGUGGAAAUCCCACAUGAUGGUCGGCUACUCAUCUGCGAAGGCCUUGUGCCGUCUCCAGGAAUCUAUGCUGCAGUCUUUCGGACUGAGCGGGCUACAGUGCAUGCAGAGAGGCAUCAGCUUCACCAUCUAUGCAGUUCUCUCAUGCAUUGUUCUUCACCUUGUGGCAUUGACUUCUCCGGAUCCAGAUAUCAACACGGACGCUCGAGACUAUUUCACGCGGCAUAUGCGGAUACUGGAAAAGACCAUGACGUCUUGGCCACUGCCUGAGAUGUUGAAACAAAUCGAUGCUGUGCGCGAGGCCUUCUCUGCUGACACUAGGAAACCUUUUGUUCUGAAGCCGAGUUUUCCCUACGGAAGUCCACAUCCCAGUAACAGUUCAAGUCCGCCCCGGACGAACACAUUCAAACCUCCAAUGUUACGGACAACCUCUUUGGAUCCGAACCUGGACUCCCAGACUGGCGCACACUCCCAAGUCAGUUAUGCCAACCACCCCAUUACGCCCAUUUCUGCUGGACCUAGGGAGCACAAGAGUGACGCCAUGAUGGCUCAUGGCCAGAGCUCUCAGUCGGCGCCACUUCCACACGGUAUGUCGAUGGGAGAGCAUACAUCGUGGAACCCGUCUAGGAUAUUUGACCAGUGGAAUACCACAUUCGGUACGCAACAACCUCAACCCCCGUCAACUUCGGUGGUUCCACAUUCCAGUUCUCUAAGUGUUGCCUCAUCUUCAGGUGCCCCAGAAGUUCCUACCAGCCAGGACAUCCAGAUUGCCACGGCCUCACUCUCGUCGGGACAGCCGUCAAUGCCUCCCCCGCAAUAUUCGGCGCCGCCUAUGCAGACCUUUGUCACGCCUGCCAUGUGGCAAGAAUCGGUGGCCAGCGUCUACGAAUCCGGUGGCAUCAAACGACAUUGGGAUUACGACAGCGGCAAUUCGAUAGCUGAAACAAUGAAUAAGCGACGCUGA